AUGAUUGCACUUUUUUUAGGCCUUCAUUUUACUUUAUUGCGCUUCCUAUUUCAUUGGACUCUUUACGCAAUCUAUUUUACCCUUUGUUCUAUUUUCGAAUUGAAAUUAUCAAUAUUAGAGUACCUUAUUCCUAUUAUUUUUGAAGUAAUUUAUUUAAGUGUUUGUACAACAUUAUCACUAAAAUGGUAUUUAAUUUCAUAAUUGUUCAACCUCCUUUGGUAUUUGAUAUCAAUCCCCUUUAUGAUAAUUUCGCAUAUAUAUACAUUUUUGGAAUCUCUGAUACCCUAGUAAAGUGCAACACCUUAAUUAACACCUUGGUAGUAUGCAAUCGCUUUUUUCAUUGUGCUUGUCAUUGUAAUGUAUUAGAAAUACUAAUUUGAAAACAGAGACUCGAAUGAAAAUGAAAAUACCCCAUACUAUCAAUGGAAAUAAGCAAAUUAUAGGUACUAAUUUAACAACUUCUUAAAUUACUAUUUUGCUUAGUAGAGAAAUUAAUCAUAUAAAACCACAAGAUCUUAUUCUUCAAAAUAACCUCGAAGUUAUUCUCAAAAUAUUCGUUAAUAAUCUCAAAAAAUAAAUAGAUCAAUUUAAGAAGAGGAAAGGAAAAAGAAAUUAACUUUAGAACUAAAUGAAAAUAGAGAAACGAUGGUACUCUUAUAGGAAAAAAAGGCGAAUCUCUACUAGUUAAAAAAGAACAAAGAAAUAAAUAAAGCAGAAUUUAAGUAUGCUCUGGAAGUAUAUGUUUAAAGAAUAGAGUUCCUGUAAGAAUCAGGCAAAGAACUAUUUCUGAAACUUAUAAAUCCUUAGGAUGGUUUAUGUCGAGUGGAUUUUCAUAAUUUUUAUAAAGCGGAAAUAAAAGGUUUGUUGGAUGGACUAAUAGAGAAAAUUCGAGUGUAUAAAUACGAGGAGGAUUUACGAUAAGUCAAACUGAAAAUAAUUGUGGGGAAAGGGAAUCAUUCAAAGAAUGGCAUUCCUGUGAUAGGACCGUUGACUUAAGACUAUUUAAAAGAGUACUUAUACGAGGAUGUGGAAAUAAGGAAUGGGGUUAUAGAGGUAUAAGUUUGA